AUAACAUACCGAAGAGCACCGAGGGACUCGCAAACUUUCUAGGACAAGUCAAGUGGACCAGAUCGGAGACUAUAAGUCAUGCGAUCAUCCAAUUCAGACUCAGUGCACCUUUGGCCUUCGGUGCUCUGAGUACCACCGCUGCAGUCGAGAGUUUGCUCACACUCUUCAAUCUCACCUUGCGUAGAGAACUCGAGGCCUGUUGGCUCAAACCGAAUGGCGACAAUCUCGAUCUGUCGAGGCGUGACGGCCCGCUAUCUCGUGCUUUUGCUCUUGUGCUUUCCGCACAAUUUGGCUCUAGCAGAUGAUCUGUCCACCCCGGCCAAGAAGGACAUUGCAAUGCAACUCGUGUCCAGCGCCGAGAACUCGUCUCUCGACUGGAGGGCACAAUACUCGUACAUUGAGGACAUCGGAGACGGGCGUGGUUACACAGGCGGCCUCGUCGGGUUCACAUCCGGCACUGGGGACAUGCUGGAGCUGGUCGAGCUCUACGAAAAUCGAGAGCCCGGAAACGUUCUGGCCAAAUACUUGCCAGCGCUUCGAGCUGCGGUGGGAUCCGACACGCACGAGGGCCUGGGCGAUGACUUCGUCAGCGACUGGCAGCAGGCUGCCGAGAGCUCGGUGUUCAAGCAGUGCCAGGACGACGAGCGCGAUCGAGUCUACUUCGACCCGGCCGUGGAGCAAGGCCAGCAGGAUGGCCUUCGAGCUCUGGGGCAGUUCAUCUACUACGACGCUCUGGUGAUGCACGGCCCCGGCGACGAUUCCAUGUCCUUCGGUGGCAUUCGCCAGACGGCUUUGGAGUCUCAGAGUCCCCCAAGCCAGGGCGGCGACGAGGCCGCUUACCUCGACGCCUUUUUGAACGCUCGCGUCGAGGCCAUGAAGGCCGAGUCUGCUCACGAGGACACCAGUCGCGUGGACGAUGCCCAGCGCGUUUUUCUCCAAAACAACAACUUCGACCUCGACAGCCCCUUGCAGUGGAGCGUGUACGGUGAUCAGUACGCCAUCCCUUGAUGCUUUCUCUCCCGCCCCAGCGUUCAGAUCCACGAACCGAACAUCGAAAAGGUCGUGCUUUUUGUUUUAGCAUAACUCCUUCUUCCAGAGCGGGCGACGAAGUUGACUGUGAUCAGGCCCAAUGAGCUCACUCGUUUCGUCUUCUGACUAAGUCAUGUCCCGACGCUCAUUAAACUAAAGGAAUUGUGCUCUCAGAGGAUCAAUGCGUGUUCAUCCAGAAGAUGUCCAGAUCUCAAAUUUUGAAUUUGUCUCCCAUGGAACUGGCUACUGGGGCAGAUACGAGAUUGCUUCGACAGAUUCUCAUUCGCGGAGGCUGUGGGACAAAACAUAAUGCAAGGACCAAUGAUUCCGAGGACAUGGCUUUCAGACUUUGUCUUCCACGUGAAUUGGACUCGCUUUCAGAUAGUUCGGGAUAUUGUCCAAGACAGAAAGUGAUUGCACAUGCAUUCUGGUCAGCACUCAAUUGUAUAAACAUAGAAGCUGGAAGAAUAAAAAAGUAAUUCUCUCUUGCUAGUCCUCUGCCUAAACCCCUAAACCUCUGCCAUGGCAGAGGUGAGCAUCUGCUACAAUUAGUUUGGGACUGAUGGCAUGAGUCGUCUUUACAUGGGGCAAGUAUACGAGUGAAAUCUCGUGUACAUGUAGCAAAUGAGUAAAC